CGGGGUUCGUUGCAUUCUCUUUGUUAGAUGGCGUAUGGUGUUAUAAUGUUGAUGUUUUUGGGUGAUUUGAUAUGUGGCGGGGUGGACACAGCGCUUCGCUUUUCUCUUUUGCUUUCGGUGUCUUGCGCGUUUGUUUUAAGAAUGAAGAAGAGAAAGCCUCUUAUCGAUGUUGCUGCCGCUUUGCUUCGCCUAAAGACACAUACGGGUUUUGAUUUGAGUGACACGAUCCGAUAACACAAAAAAUACUCUAUACGUUGUUUGCAUGCAGACGCCGAAGACGCUGUUAGGAACCUCCAUGGCACGCGUUUGGAAGGUGACCGCAUUAUCGUCGAAUUUGCCAAAAAUAAGCCACGUAGCUCACGAGGAUUUGAUCGCGAUCGCCCCCGUCGCGGUGACCGAUUUGCCGAACGUUGUUACAACUGCGGUGAAGUUGGGCACAUGUAAGUUGUUCUCGCUGCUCAUUCUUAUAGCUAUAUAUUUAAUCUCGAGAGAAUGCUCUUUGCCUAAAGGAAGUGGUGAACGCGCCAUGAGAUUUGAAGAAAACCGCUGCUUUGAAUGUGGUCAGCCAGGUCAUAUGGCCCGUGAUUGCCCUGACCGUGGCGGCAAUGCUGCCAGCAGCGGAGGAAGAAGAGGACGUUCUCGUUCCCCUCGUUCGCGCAGUCCUGCCCGACACUCGAGAAGAUACUCUGGUGAACGCGAAGACCGUAGCCGCUAUGGCCCGGAUGAAGAUCGAUAUGAUGACAAUUUUAGAUAAUUUAGUUGCUCAACGAUCAGUAUCUUUUCUCU